AACCAUAAAAAUAACCGGAAGCGGCAGACGACCGGAAGCAGAUCUCGUUCAUCGGAAGUGGAGAAGACGAAAGUACUCGUUGUCAGUGUAAACAAUUUCGUGUCGUAACUGAUAACAAUUCUUUUAAACUAUGCAACUAUGGCUGGGGCCAGCGCUGCACUAUUUGUUAACCGAAAAAUUCAGCAGCGAAAUGUUAUGUUGUUUUCUAAAUCAUACUCACCUGAAUGUAAAAUUGUGAAAGAUAUUUUGAAGAAAUACAAUCUCAGUUCUAAUUUUUAUGAAGCAACCGAAAUUGAGAAGCGGCAAGACUGCACACAGAUUGAGAAUUAUUUUCAGGUCCUUUGUCUGACAAACAACCGUGCUGUGCCUCAGCUUUUUGUGGACCAGAAGUACAUUGGUGGUUAUGAUGAGAUCUUACAAAUGGACGAAAGUGGACAACUGGAACGCCUUCUCAUCCAAUUUGUUGACAAAUGAAACAGAGACAUUCACUUGUGUAACUUGGAAAUGACAAGCCCGAGUGUAGUUCUCUCCACCGCUCUUCUAAUUUCUUUUGCAAACGUGCAGUAAUACAUGCAGUGUUGAGGAAGCUUUAUGUUGUAUAAAAGUUUUGUUUCAUGAGUCUCAGAAUGUUGAGCCCAAAAUACUAAGUCGAUCAAUAUAAAGAGGUAAACAUUUUUAAUAAGCAGUAUUUUACAAAAUAGUUUACUGGCAAUAGACUUUUUGUUUUGUUGUAUAAAAUCAUUAGAUACUACAACUGUUUGGAUUUGUUGACAUUCAAUAUUCAAUGAAGUAUAUGAGCUAAGAUUUUCUGUACAAGAUGGAUAAUAACAGACUUACAAAAGCAUCAA